GUCUGAUUUUGGGAAGACACCAGCCUUCCCCGUAAUCUAAUCCAUGGGUAUUGCUGGAACACCACACUGCAACUUCUCACUGAAUCCGUGCUGGUUCUGGCCAUGAUUCCGUUCCGUGAUGUCCAUCAUCCUUGAAGACAACCAGCCCCCCGGGUUUGUACGUCUCGGUCCCACAUGGUAUCAUGAGAUUCCUUUUUUACCCCAUGGAUGGGAGACAACCAAUGAUCGGGGAUCUGGAUCACUCAAGCAUGCAGCAAUGAAAGCACUGCUACGGGACCAAUCGGCGCUGAAGCCCGAGCUGUUUGAAUACGUUCACUGGUAUUUGGCAAAAUACCUUUGGGACGCCCUAAAAAGGUGUAACAAGCAGACAAUGCACAUGUGGAAAAUAAUGGCCAGCGUUUAUCCUGUACAAUUCUAUGAGGUUAGUCCUUACUACUGCCUCGAUGCUGGCUGUCCCAAAAAGCCACUGAGAGACUACAUGGGUAUUAUCGAUAGCGAUGACUUUCGCUGGCGUGCAAUCUUGACGAUUGCAACCACAUACUGUACUGCCACAGACCUGACUACCAUACCAAACAUCAAGAAUUUGGUUGCUCUGGACGUGUACAGUGAGCCAUAUUCGUCGAAUCUUGCCCCGCUGGAUCCCGUGGGCGUUAGCAACGACGGUCUCCCCUUGCAAGAUGGAUUUGUGCGUGGUUGGAUUGAAUCCAAAGCACUACAGCACCUCCGCAUUCUCAGGUUCUACCACCAACGUGAAAUGACCGUUGCAUCACUGGAAGCUCUGCGUGAACUGCCGGAGCUCCAGCUCGUUGUGGCGUACGAGUGUAAGAUGAUCACAGAGACGAUUCAAAAAUACGACAGGCCCGCGAAUGAUAUCAUUCCCAUAAAGGGAUGGUCGGCCUGCAGACUCGAUUGGUUUUGGGAAACCCACGGAACAUCAAAAACAAUCGAUGAUAAUCUCUUGUCCUUGCUUCAUGUGUACCAGUCUAGUCUCGAGACGCCUGAUGACGAGCAAUCGAAAAGACCAUCAUCCCUACCCACGAAUAUUCCAAUUUUGGAGUUCAAACUACCAACGGUCGACCACAGCAGAAGAGACAGGGUUGUUGUCCGCUCUCGCUAUAAUGCAAAGUCAAUUGUAUUGUUUACUCGAGAUCCUGUGAAGCAAAAGCUUGAUGCCGAGAAGAAGCAGCAACGUGGAAGGGAGAAGAAGCGGAGUGAGCCACCUGAAAGGGAAGAUCGUCCUGCCAAGCGAGCAGUCAUGAAAGAGAGGGGACCGAUGGACAUCUCGCAGACUUUGAAUCAGUUCUUUUGAUGGAUUGCCUAUGUAGGCAGGGAACAUGGUUUGAAUGGCUAGCAAUGGAAUAACACUUCCGCGCCAUUUUGAAGCGAUACUCCAGAAUUAUUUCGCAUUUUUGUCACUUGAUUAGCAGACAUAAAGUUCGCUACACUGACCACAGAAAUGAUCAAGUCACCGAGGUCUAUCUGUAGAUUC